AUGGAGGCCGAGAUCAAAGGGCACGAGGAUCAGGGAGCGUUGCGGACAGUCAAAGAUCUGUCCGCGGGAGCUGCAGGAGGUAUCGCGCAGGUGCUGCUUGGCCAGCCUUUCGAUAUCGUCAAAGUCAGAUUGCAGACCACAACGCAAUACUCAAGCGCACUGGAUUGUGCCACCAAGAUUCUAUCCAAGGAAGGCCCACUGGCCUUUUAUAAAGGAACUUUAACUCCAUUGAUUGGUAUUGGUGCUUGUGUUAGUGUCCAAUUCGGAGCAUUCCACGAAGCGCGCCGCCGCAUUGAAGAUUUCAACGCAAAACGAGGGCAUCCCACAGCGCUUUCAUACUCGCAAUACUACCUCGCUGGAGCCUUCGCCGGUGUCACCAAUUCCGUGAUAUCCGGACCCAUCGAACAUGUCCGUAUCCGCCUUCAAACCCAACCUCACGGUGCAGACCGUCUUUACAGCGGUCCCUUGGAUUGCAUUAAAAAGCUCUCCGCUCAUGAGGGUGUUCUUCGUGGUCUGUAUAGAGGCCAGGCGGUCACGGUCUACAGAGAAGCACAAGCUUACGGCGUGUGGUUCCUUGCAUUUGAAUAUAUGAUGAACUGGGAAGCCAAGCGUAACCAGGUCAAACGUGAUGAAAUCUCGAGUGUCAAGGUUGCGGGGUACGGCGGUAUAGCUGGUGAAGCCCUGUGGCUCUCCAGCUACCCGUUCGAUGUUUUGAAGAGUAAAAUGCAGAGCGAUGGAUUUGGGGCCCAACAAAAGUACAAGGGCAUGAUUGACUGCUUCAAGAAGACAUAUGUUGCAGAAGGGCUGGGAGGAUUUUGGAAAGGAAUUGGCCCAACAUUGCUCAGGGCAAUGCCCGUGUCUGCUGGUACUUUUGCCGUGUAA